AUGAUUGUGAGGGCGCUGCCAAGAGCGAGCAAUGUUUGGAAGAGGAGUUUUAGCAGUACAUCUGCGAGAAGGGAAAUCCUAGAUGCAGAGAGUCUGCCACAUAGAAUUAUACCUAGAUACCAAGAAAGUCAAACCAGCGACCUCCUGUCUCUACAAUGGCCCUCACCUCCGCGAAAUAUCCUCAUAAUCAAGAAAGAUAGAGCCCCACAGGUCACCGAGUCUCUGGUUGAAUUUGCUAAGCACAUCCACUCCAAUUACGACAAUGUUUCCCUUAUAUUCGAACCCAAAGUCGCAGCGCAAAUGCAUAGACAUUUCCAAUUUCCAAUAUAUACCACGAGCUCCCAUGAUACCCUUCCUGCGAAGGUCGACAUGACUACAACGCUUGGUGGAGAUGGCACAAUCCUUCAUGCAUCGUCCCUUUUCAGCACAACCCUGCACGUUCCUCCAAUACUGUCGUUCAGCAUGGGCACACUCGGUUUUCUUGGAGAGUGGAAGUUUGGUGAAUAUAAAAGGGCAUUUCGAGAAGUUUACAUGUCGGGAGCGGAAGCUGGGUCACCAUUUCUUCAUGAUCAGAAGCAUCCACAUAUUCAGACCGAGACCGCCGAAACAGGUGAUAUUGUAACGGGCUGGUCAAGUGUGAGGGGCAAAUCAAUGGGUCCUACUCGAAGUUCGAAGGUCCUACUACGGAAUCGACUAAAGGUUGGGGUUUUUGAUGCCAACGGCAACCGAGUCAUUGGUGACAAUACGGCAGAAAGCGCUGAUGGAGAUGUGCAUGCUAUGAACGAGGUCAUCAUCCACAGGGGCAACGAGGCGCACCUUGCAAUCAUAGAUGUGUUCAUUGGAGGACGAUUCUUGACAGAGGCAGUGGCGGAUGGAAUGAUAAUUUCAACACCAACUGGUAGCACAGCUUACAGUCUCAGCUCUGGUGGAAGUAUUAUCCAUCCUUUAGUCAGCAGUUUGCUCAUGACUCCUAUUUGUCCGAGGAGCUUAUCCUUCAGACCACUAGUCCUACCUUCGAAUACACCAAUCACUCUGCGAUUAAGUGAGAAGAACCGAGGCAGAGAAUUAGAGGUCAGUAUAGAUGGCCGCAGAAGAAGUCGAGGAGUUGGUGUUGGUAUGGAGGUAAGAGUCAACGGCGAGCAUAUUGCCAAAGGUCAGGAAUGGAUUGGUGGUGUCCCAUGCGUGAUGCGACAUGCCAAGACCGGGAAUGAGGAUGAUGAUGGUUGGGUUGGUGGUUUGAACGGAUUGUUGAAGUUCAACUUUCCAUUUGGUGAUCACGAAUAA